GAUGCGCUGGCGCGGGUGCGGCUGGAGGCGGUGCGCGGCGCGUUCAAGCGCGCGUGGGGGGCGUACCGGAAGCACGCGUGGGGCAUGGAUGAGAUCAAGCCAAUCAGCAACAAGUCGCACGACUGGCUGCACCUGGGCGCGACGAUGAUCGACUGCCUCGACAAUCUGUGGAUCUUCGGGCUCAAGGCCGAGUUUGACGAGGCCAAGGAGUGGGUUGCGACCAAGCUCAGCUUCAGCCGCGCGGUGGGCAUCUCGAUGUUUGAGACGGUGAUCCGGAUCAUCGGCGGGCUGCUCUCGGCGUUUGAGCUGUCGCGCGAGGCGGUGUUCCUCCGCAAGGCGGAGGAGCUGGCCGGCCUGAUGAUGUACUCGUUCAAGGCCAACCCCGAGACGGGCGUGCCCUGCACCACCAUCUCGCUCGACGGGUCGCGCCGGUGCACCUUCCCCACGUGGACGCAGCGCAACGCAAUCUUGGCCGAGUUUGGGACCAUCCAGCUCGAGUUCAAGUACCUCGCGCACCACACCGGCCGCAAGGAGUUUUGGGAGGUCGCGGAGCGCCAGAUCCGCAACGUGCGCGGCCGGACGCAGCCGGCCGGCCUGUACCCAAACUUUAUGUCGCCGAAGACGCUCCGCUGGACGACGACCAAGGUGUCGAUGGGCGCGCUCGCGGACUCGUUCUACGAGUACCUGCUCAAGCAGUGGCUGCUCACGCAGCGGACGGAGCCGUACUUGCGCACCAUGUUCGACGAGGCGAUGCUUGGCAUGGCGCGGAGCAUGGUCGCGCGCUCGACGCCGUCCGAGCUGGUCUACAUCGCCGACUACGUGAGCGAGGGGAAGCUCGUGCACAAGAUGGACCACCUCGCCUGCUUCGCCGGCGGGAUGCUCGCGGUGGGCGCGCAGCACGGCGGAGAGUUCGACCGCGAGUACAUGACGCUCGCCGAACGGAUCGGGGAGACGUGCUACGAGUUUUACCGGCGCACGACCAGCGGCCUCUCGCCCGAGUUCAUGUCGUUCGUCGGCGGCUCCGAUCCGAAGGUGCCGCGCAACGCCGCGUACAACAUCGGCCGGCCCGAGGCCGUCGAGACCUUCUUCAUCAUGUGGUACUACACCCGCGACCCAAAGUGGCGCGAGAUGGGCUGGGAGGUCUUUUCGAGCUUCGAGAGGCACGCGAGGACGCCGUCGGGCUGGGCGGCGCUGAAGGACGUCAACAACCCGGCCAAGCUCGACGACAAGAUGGAGUCGUUUGUGCUGGCCGAGACGAUGAAAUACCUGUUCCUGCUCUUCGACUCAUCGUACCCCAUCCCGCUCGACAAGUACGUCUUCAACACCGAGGCGCACCCGCUCGGCACCUUCGACGCCUCCGCCUUCACCUCCGCCGCACCGCCGAAGAGGAGAUGA